AUGACGGCUGGUGUAAGACACCUUCUAGGCUUGACCUUGGCCAUCGUCAGCUUUGUGGGGACCAUUGUCAUCUGUGCACUUCCACAGUGGAGAGUCACAAAAAUCUUCCAGCAAUCGAGCAUUUUUGAUUCCCAGGUGCUCACUGAAGGUUUGUGGAAAGUCUGUAGUACCUUUAGUGCACAGAUUGUGGAGUGCAAAGAGUAUGAGAAAACACUUCUGCCUAUAAGUCAAGACCUGGAGGUUGCUAGAGCGCUCAUUGUCAUUGCCAUUAUCGUUGGUGUCUUUGGGAUCCUGCUUGGUGCUGCUGGGAGCAAAUUCAUCAACUUUGUGCCAGACGAAAGGAAAAGGAGUAAAAUAGCUAUGGCUUCUGGAGUUGUUUGUCUCAUUGCAGGCAUCUUUGUGCUAAUACCAAUCUGCUGGACCACCACCACCACCGCCACCAUCCAGAAUAAUUUCAACCACUUUCUGCCUCAUGGCACUCUGGAACUGGGAGCCUCGCUUUAUAUUGGCUGGAUCACCACAGCACUUCUGUUCCUGGGAGGAGGCCUUCUCUGCAGCUCUUUCAUCUGCCAAGAUGGAACUGACUAA